AUGACGGGACACAACUGGUGGACCGUGAAGGACAAGUUCAAAAGCAUCCUGGAUGAACUGUGCAACCAAUUGCCAGACACCACGACCCAGAAUGUCUGUCAGGACCAGGUCAAGCAGAUCCUGCCCAUGGUCAUCCAGUUCCUGACUGACUUCAUUAAAACGAAUCAGAUAUGCACAAUUCUGGGAGAGUGCAAGAGCCAAUCACAGGGCAUGGAGCAGGAGUUGCUGACCAAUUAUAUCACUGAGGUCCGCCUAUCACCUGGGCCAGGCACUAUGACAGAGAUGACCAAUCUGCAGUGCACGUUAUGCAUGUAUCUUUUCAAAACUCUGGAGACUCUGUUACCCAGCACUGAGGGCAUUGUAAUAAAGGUGCUGGCCCAGGUCUGCUGGAUCCUCCCUGCCAGGCUGAGAGAGAAGUGCCAGGUCGUCGUGGAGCUGUACAUCCGGCAGCUGCUGGACGUCCUGCUGUCUUGGUUCACGGCCAAGAAGGUGUGCUGCCUGCUUCAGCUUUGCCCCUUCCGGGGCCCCACCUCCCCAGACUGCGACUCCUGUCAGACGUUGGCGAACUUGGCGCGAUUCCACCUGGGCUCCAAUGCCACGGAGCUUCAGACCUCCGCCUUCCUGGAGUCUGUCUGCCUCUCGCAUCCCAGCUCAAUCCCAGAGUGUGAUGCUUUUACCCAGCGCUAUGGGCUUCUUCUGCAGAAGGCCCUGACCAAGCCAGUGGGCAUCCUGGACCAGUGUCAGGAGGCGCUGUUGUGUGCAGCAGAGGAGGAUUGUGAUGUGGUGGGCGGAGUCCCAGUUGACCCAUGCAGGAGAGGGAGCUACAGAUGCAGGGACAUAAAAACUGCAGAAAAGUGCAAUUCUGUGUCCUUCUGUCAGAAGUACAUGUGGAUAUAAGGCCCACUGUCCCAGGAGCAGUCCAUCCCUCCAAAUGGAUGAAUGAAGACUGAAUCGGAAGCAUUCGCCGUGAGGACUCUGGGGCUGAUUCUUCAGCUGUGUUUCACUAACCCUGCACUUACAUAUCAGCCAAUAAGAUGCAAGAUUUCAUACACAUCACUAACCCUGCACUUACAUAUCAGCCAAUAAGAUGCAAGAUUUCAUACACAUCACUAACCCUGCACUUACAUAUCAACCAAUAAGAUGCAAGAUUUCAUACACGUCACUAACCCUGCACUUACAUAUCAGCCAAUAAGAUGCAAGAUUUCAUACACAUCGCUAACCCUGCACUUACAUAUCAACCAAUAAGAUGCAAGAUUUCAUAUACAUCACUAACCCUGCACUUACAUAUCAGCCAAUAAGAUGCAAGAUGCCAUACACAUCACUAACCCUGCACUUACAUAUCAACCAAUAAGAUGCAAGAUGCCAUACAUGUCAGUAACCCUGCACUUACAUAUAAACUAAUAAGGUGCAAGAUGCCACACAAUUCGCUGACGAUGCACACCCACAUUAACCAGCAAGAUGCCGUUUCUCAUCAGUCAUUUAGAGAGUUUGGCCAGCUGACAGCAUCAGUAUCCCACAACUAAGCAUGCUGUGCCCUUUUCCCUGUGCAUUGUGGGAUACUGUUCUUAUACACAUACAUUCUGACUGGCAAUGAAUGCAUUCCUCUGUAUUAUCAGGGAAGAUAUUACGUAUAAAGGAAGCUCAUUGAAUACCAAUAUAUUUAAUAAUUUGUUAGUUGUAGAUAUGAUUAAAUUCAUUAUGCUAUUUGGUACGAAGGCUAACUAUUCCCUGAAAUGAAAUAAUAUCUACUUUAUGACAUUCUCUACACAUUUUUGCAGUAUGAAUGCAUUGGCUCAGAUUUAUGUUAAGGUUUUCAGCUUUUCAGAAUCAAUUGUCAUUUUCUUAAUGCCAAACACAUGAU